CACGUACUAUGUAGAUCAUAAAGCACACUGCUUGUUGGUCCAUACAUUUGUAUACCAGUAGCAUGUUCUGACAGUAUACCUAUGAACACUAAUCGGAAUUUUGGCACGAGUGUACGGCGAACGUAUAUAGUAGUAGUGUUAUGUGGUCAUUGCAAGCACCUCUCGUUUGUGAAACAAACGUGACGUAGAGAUUGCACGUAAUUCAGUCCUAAACAACUGCUGUACGGAGCUCAGCUGUGUUUGUAUUUAAGUGUGUAAGUUUGUAACGCAAUGGUGAAUCAUAUAGUUGUGUCUCCUGUUGGGACGGCUGCUAGUCUUAGCACAAGCGAAGACGUGGAAAGAAUAGACGGAGUUGCCAAAUGCAGUGCCCUGGCACAUAUAAACACCAAGAACAAUCGCUUCAACUUGGAUGACAAAGUUCUUAUUUCCUUAGUUCCUUGCAUACCUGUCGAUCCGUCCAGCGCGCGACAUAGACAGACCCGAAACUCUGUACCACCGCACGCGAUCCAUAGUAUUGUGGAGAAGGAAACGGUUAACACAGGCAAGCCGAAACAGAAAGAAAAAGACGUAGUACCCGAUGGAGUGAACGAUAACGGCGGUGAUGAUGAUGUAUGCGAACGAGUGGUCAGAAAUAACGCAAAGCGCGACGACGGCUUUCAGAAGAAUGGUGCAGUAGAGGUCUAUGACGCGACAGACAAGCUGUGGUAUCGGACUCGUAUCAUAGAAAUAAAUCGAGAUCGCCGACCUCCCACCAUUCGAAUCCAUUAUCCGGGGUUCAGUAAAAUCUUUGAUGAAGAUAUAUCGUUCUACAGCGCACGUUUGCGCCCGGCUGGCUCGGGUAGUGUUGCGCGGUCAGUGGGAGCUAAUGUGCGGGGAGACUCCGCAACGAAUACGCGGGUAAAGGCAAAUAAAGAGGAGCCUCCGGCCGUCGCAACUACGAAAGCCGAACCUCACGGAAACAAUAGUCUGGUAGCCCUGAUUCGCCCCAGGAAGCGCACUAUAUCCAACACAAGCACAAACACAGGCAACAAUCAUGAAGCAAGCACUAGAGGGCGGAAGCAGGCACCAUCUGUAGAACCUGAACGCAAGCAUAGCGGUACCAAUGGGAAUGUACACGAUAGCGGUAAGGGCUCGGCUGUUCCGGGUCCCAGCAGUGUUAUGAGCCGAUUUUUGUACAGUCGGAAGCGCUCGCGGGAACGCUCGGACGACUUCGACUCGGCACGCAACGCCCGCAAACGGAGUGCGAGCAUAAGCAGUGCGGAGUUAACGAAGUCGCAUGUUAGCAACGGUAGCAGCACGCAUGACACGGUCAAUGGACACUCUGAGAGCACGGUGGGUGCCAAACGGCCCAGGCGUACAGGGGCGGGUAGUGCGGCGCUGAAGAGUUUGUUCUCGUACGGACGGAACAUGGGCGAUGUGAAGAUUGAUCUGGAGGCAUUGGAAGCGGAGGAACGGGAGAGGAACGGGAGUGAGAAUGAGAAGCAUGGCCCCGGUGAAAAUGAUAGUAUUGCGCACAGAACACACGUGGUGCCUGGCAAUCGGCCUAAGAGCAGUGGCGGCGGUUUGCGUGCGACUGGAGCGGGACACACUCGAGGCCAAGGCAAGCAGAGUAUAGGCGGGAAGCCCAGGCAGCGGCACACCAGCACGAGUGAGAGCGUGGAAGGGGCCAACGAUGCGGUGGGGAGACCGGUACGUGAGCGUCGCAUGGGCAACGGGUCGUCUGCUCUGAAUAGCCUUUUCUCGUACGGUCCAACUAUGGGCGAUGUGGUGAUUGAUUUUGCAGCGCUUGAAACCGAGGAAAAGGAGGCUGAGGAGAAGGCUGAGGAGCGUCGACUAAAAAAGCCCACGAGGCAAAGUGCCGAGAGUAAGGCUGUAGAUGAGGGGAGUGGUCCGGAUAGUACUGACAUGCCGCAAGAUGGUAGUAACAGCAGGAGAAAGGUUCAGUACACGAAGAACAACCGGGAUAGCAAAGUUAAGGCCCGUGAUAUCAGGAAUAGGAUAUCAGAGGGUAAGACAUGCAAAGCCAGUGCACGAAGCCGCAGUCAGGACACCAGUAGCAGUACCAGUGCGGCGGUGAGUGACGGUGCGACUGAACGAGUACCCCGCGUGCGGCGACGCACCGGAAACGGGAGGGCUGCACUUAAGAGCCUAUUCUCGUACGGACGUACCAUGGGGGAUGUUGUGAUUGAUACAACGCUACUGAAAGAAGAAGUGGACGACUCGGAUAAGAUCGAUGCAAGUGGUAGCGAGGAUAAAGAGAAGGGCCGGGGUUCGAGCAGGAGCAAGGUUGGUCGUGUGUCGUCGCAAGUGACUUCGGUCGGUGAGAAGGGCGGCUCAGCGCGCAGUGCACAGAACCGCAGUCAACCGCGGGGACAAGGCAAUAAACACGAACGCAGCCUACACAAAGCAGGAAAAGCGUCGGAGAGUGGUCAGGAAAGUGAAGGCGGCGUUAGCGGCCGCAGGACAAGGUGCAAGCAGGAAAUAGAGAGACAUGCGAGAGACACGACUAGAGGUGCUAAUGGUCGAGAAGACAGAACAGAUGUGCGGGGACGGAGUGUCAGCGCAGAUGCAAACGGUGUAGGUAAGGAGAGGGGGGGAGGGUUGGUGAGAGAGCGUGUGCAGCCCAAACGAGGCAGCUUAGGGGACGAUGCGAAAAACUCGCUGUUCGUGGACCACCCCCCGUGGUGGGAGGAGACGGUUACCUUGGAGACAGGUUAUGAUCUAAGUGACGAGGAAGUCGGAGACGAAAAUGAAGGCGAUGGUGAGAGUUGUGACGAGAGUUUGACUAUGAAGAAGGGACAGAGAACACGGACAGCUCGAUCUAUAUCAACGAGCUCACUUACCCGUGGACGCAACGGCACGCACACACGUAUACAAGCUCGAUCCCGGCGGAAGGAAGGAACAAACACGGGCGGGAAAGCGAGAACACGCACACAGUCUGAAGCGGCUAGUGCCGGCGCCUCGAAGAGUGUGGGGCAUAGCAGAACACGUACAAAAAGCGCAGGCGUCGAGGUUCAAGUGGACACCGAGCACAACACAAAGCGUAGUGAGCGGCCCAAACGGGGGUUGCUAGGUGACGAGGCGAAGAACGCGCUGUUUAUAGACCACCCGCCUUGGUACGAAGCGACCAUCACCUUGGAUACAAUAGAUAAGCUUGGUGGCUUGGACGCUUUUGAUGGUGACGUUGAAGGGGAGGAGGGAACGGUGGCGAAAGCUGGUUCACGUAAGAGCUCGCCACACGAAAGUGGCAGUGAAGUCGACUGUAAGAGUGGGAGUGGCACUGAAACGGACAGCGAGACCGAGAGCGAUGAGUGCAGACCGGGACGUGGGUGCGCGGUAGCAAAUAAGCGUGUACACGAAAGUGACAACAGCGAAGGUGCGGUUGAGAGUGCUGGUGCGCCGGAGGGUACGCGGGAAGGCGAUUGUGCAAAGGGGGGCGCGGAGAGGAAAGCCAUGGAGAGUCACAAGCAGAAGAUCAAGGACUGGGCUUCCCAGGAACGUGGCACUGUAGGUACUAGUAGUGCAUCAGAUAUGGUUGGAGAUGUGCGGGAUGGAACGUGCACAGAGCCAUACAGUGGUGUUCACGGGCCAGAACAGAGCGCCGACGCUGGGGAAGGCGCGCAACAGGCGGGCAGGGGGGCGCAGCACGGCGAGGCACAGACAGCGGGGACGUCAGGACGUAAUACGCCCAAACACGUACAGGAAACACGAACCGCCUCUGUAGACACACAGGCUGCUGCUGCUGCACCUGGGCCUGUGCUGACUAGUGCAAGCCCGACUGUGAGCGGUAACAGUCCAAGAGGAGAUGAGCGGGUACAGUCUGAGGGCAAAGCUACAGGCAAGGUUGGAGUCGAGCCAACCUCACCUGUGGAUGUGUCCGCGCGUCUUGCGAAGGUUUCGUCCAGGCCACACGAAAGUGGGCACGACCGUACAGCGGCUGAGGGCUAUGGCGCCAACGAGGCGUGCUCGCGUGUAGUCGACAAAGUCAACGGGGAUGUAGGUAUAAAUGACAUGGAUGUGGAUGGAAAGACGAACCCUGUUGCGAAUACGGACGCCAGUUCAAUACUUCCCGAGGAUUCGAGUCGUGCUUCGCCGCUAAUUACAGAGGAUACUAAAUCGAAAAGCUCGACUUCCAAUGCGAACAAAGAAAUAUCGAGUGCCACACAAGACAUGGAUGGUGCGCAGGCUGCGACUACAGCACAUUUUGAGAAUGUGAGCACGCAGGUAAACAAUACAAAUAGUGACGGUACUAUCAGUAUGCCACCUUCAUCUGACCACCCGGCAUGCAGCACCGACCCCCACAACGCUGCAAAUAUAUCAAAAUUGGGAACAGAUGGAAACUGGACUAAGCAAGCUCCGCGGGAUAGCAACUACACACCUGCUGUAGAUGCUACGGCGGCCACUGCGGAUGCUUCCACGACACUCGCAACCGACACGCCGCAUGGCUGUGCAAUCGGUGCAUUUGGCACAGUGGCUGCUGCAAGCCAUGAGGACGAUGCAGUGGUGGAAGAGGGCUCAUUGGACGGCACCUUAGCCAGCGUUAACCUCACGAGCCACAAACGUCACCACUGGACACCGCAAGCUCUGGCCAUGGCCAUGCAGGGCCAACAUGUUGGCGGCCACGUGUUCGCGCGAUGGGUGGAUGGCGUGUUCUAUCCCGUGCGCGUGGUAGGGGGGACUAUGAGUGACACGGAAUCAAAUUCGGAUCCUGCCUCUGUGGAGGUGUCUGUGAAGCCUUCUGUAGGGGUGUCUGUAACAUCGGAUAAGGCUGAGUUGGACAGGCGCCACAGUGAUAGUAGAGGUGCGGCGAAACGUUUAGGAGAGAGUGUGUCUGGGUUAUCCGAGUGCAGACACAGCAACAAAAUAAGCGCAGCAAGCGGGUUGAAGCUUACUGCUGGUGACCAGGCUGCAGAGGCGAGUACGACUUCUGGGGCAGAUACGAACGGUCGUUUGACUAUUGGGGAGAGUGAGAAGGCUAACUCUGCCUUGAAAGUCAAUGGUUGGCUGUACUACGACGUUGACUUCCGGCCUAUUCUUGACAGUGCGGAUAGUUUGGAGCCAUUGCAAAAGACGGCAUCACAAGACCGAAACACAAACAUCAACGCCGCUCAGCAACAAUCACAAUUAUCAUCUCCUCCUCCGCUGCUGAAGCUACCCACUUAUAUUACAAACACGAACACAACCACUGAUGCAAACAUAAACACUACCACAGGCACAAAUACGGCCACAACCACAGGCACAAGCACAAGCACAGGCCUAAACACAAAUACAACCACAAACGCAAUCGCGGCCAACUUGAAAAGCAUGCAUGUGAAGCGAGUUCCAUGGACGGAUAUUAUUGUGCCCGACGCUGCCCUGGAGGCCAAGGUCAGUGAGAACACGCGCCGAGAUACUAAGCGAGGUAUCAAACGUGCACGUGCUCUGCAACGGAACAAAGAUGGGAGUCUGGAUGGGCGCACGGCGGCGGCAAGAGCGCUGAAGAUGAGCAAGCUGGGCAAAGGAGUCAGUGUAGGCACGUAUCGCGCAGGGACUAGCAAGCACACCAAGGUGUGUGUGCCGAAUGUAAACUCGCGCGGAGACGCUGAUGCGAGCGCUGUGACGGCGACCAACGUUAUUGGCGGCACGGAUGAGGGGAGGAGCAUGCGCAUGCGGCGUAACACCACUGUGAGUGUUAGUGAAGGGGCGGAGAAGGAGACAGUUCCAGGACACCCCCGGCGCUCGGCUGGUGCUGUUGCUACGGGUACACCGACAGACGUGAAUGGCAGCGGUGCGGCGAGUGUGAGUGGGGGCGAGGCUAGGAGGCCUGCUCGAGAGAGGGGUGUGGGGAAAAGUGGUGGUGCUGGUCAGAAGCUCAGACAGUCACGACUGGGUGCUCAACAACCUGCCGGUGCUAGUGAGCAGGAGGCGGCUGUGUUGGCAGUCGCUACUUCUGGUAUUAAGCCAGCAACGGGAGAAAUUGCCACAGAUGGCGCAGUAGUCAAACCUCAGAGUGCAGGUGAGGAUAGUGCGAGCACGCGUGGUAGCCAGGGUGUGGCAUCACAGGCUCCAGCAACAGGCGUCUAUGGGACUAAACGUCCCGUGCGCACCCGCACACAAGGUAUAAAAAGACCGAGCGACGCGGCGAAGAAGGAGCCGAUGGCAGAUACCUCCGCUACUGCAGCUGCUGUGGCACAUGCAGCAAGUCCCGCUGUCCGGGGGAGGCGCGUGAGCAGGUCUGUAUCUGAGUCUAGCACACACAGGGCUUCGCGCGAGCAUAGCAGUGGCAAGCACGCUCGUGCGCAACCCAAAGCGAAGGGGGCUGCGGAUGUGAGCUCAAAAGCCGACGCCUCGAGCCUUAGUAGUACUGCCGCUGCGAGUACAGUUGGUGGUGCGAAUGGGGAGGUUUCCACAUCUGAUAGGAGGGUAUCGGGUAAGAGUGUGCUACCUCAUCUGCCUGUGCUUAUGACUAGUCGUGGUAAGAUUGACGGACGGUCAUCGGCGGCGAGAGGGGCGAGUAUGAUCGCGCGGGUGAGUGCAAUGAACGCCCGUGCGAGUGGCAGGGGAGCACGUGCGGGGGGGCAGCGCAGCAGACAGUCCAGGCACAUGCAACAGGCAGCAAAGCAUACAGCUGCCGAGACGCAGACAGGUGCAGCGCGCGCUACCAGUACACACCUACGGCACAGACACAGCAGUGUGAGCAGCCAGAGCAGUGCAUCUGGCAGGCAGGCUGCGGGCAAGGGUCUCGAGCUCGAUAGGGAGGUAAUAGCUGUGAGUAUGCUGAGUGGCACAGGUGGUCGAGUGAGGAGCAGACAUAGCAAGGAUCUCGCCUGGGGAUCAAAUGCGGGUGGUGUGAACGACAGUCUGCGAAGUGACGGACCUCUGAACAUGCGCCGGACUAAGAGCGAGGCUGUAGCUAGCUCGAAUGACAAGUCGGGAGCUGGCGCAAGCUAUAAGACCAGCACAGGUACGUGCGCAGCAACAGAUAUGGACACACCUUGGAGCGCAGCCACGAGUCGGAAAACGAGUACACACAAGCCCCCGAUGGUAGAGCGACAUGUGCAGUGCAUGUGCGGAGGGGUGGCCAUUGUAGGGAAAGGUAUGCAGUGUGCCACGUGUGAGCACUGGUCGCACGAUGCGUGUGUGCAGCUGAGUGCGCGGGCGCGCCAAUCAGCUACGACGCGAGCGGAGAUCAGCACGGGUACCAGGUCCGCCGUGGCAAGUCCAUUCACGUGCUUCAGAUGUGUGCGAGUGCCCAAUCCGUUGCUGUUCCGCGCAGAAGAGAUACUCUCAGAGGAUUUGCUGCCAGCAUGCGCGACGGCGGCACAGCUGCGCUCGUCUGUGCUCAACGAAGGACAGGCAGUCCAUCGCGCGGGCGCAAAGUCAAGUACAAACGUCAUGCCCGCGCAGAAGCCUUCGCAUAUCCGCUCGCAAAUGUCUGAGCCCCCCAUGCAAGGCCAUCCACAUGCGUCGAAGUGCAGGCUGGAUGGGCCGCGAUCGAUGACUGAGUUGGGCUUAGCUUUGCCACAGACAUAUGCACAGACGACUGGCGCUGAAGCACACGGCCAACGGCUAGAUAGCGGUACUCCGCGCGAACUAUCCCAGAAACUGGGUGAGAAAUCCCUGGGUAGUACGUGCACCGGUGUGACCGCGCCAAGCAUUCCGCCGCAAGCGUGUGCACACACACACAGUCCUGGAAGCGCAUCCGCAAACGAGGAGCAGCCCGUUCGUGGGCCGGAACCACCUCCAUCGAGGACCGUUCCAUUCACGCAAUCGACCCAGACAUUGAAUUUGGCACCGCAUUCCGGCAACUCGGCUUCAGUCUUGGCUACUGCCACUGCCAACGCGUGUGUGAGUGUUCGUGAAGACGAAGCACCACAACGACGGUCCUUUGACCACACAUCUAGUCCAGGAAUAGGCCUGGGUGCAGGAAUGGUCAGACCACUUACUACUACUAUCAGUAGCGAUCAUGCCGUCCCCGUUACAGAUGCAGGUCAAAACUAUUCAACAGCUACACAUAUUGCACCGUUCUCUGGGGAAUCAAAUGCUGGUCAGACGUCGGCCGGAGGUAUACGCACAAAGUGCGACGAUCCGAUUAAUACUCUGCAAACAACCAGCAACAUCAAAGAUGAAGAUGAUACGUGGGAUAGCACUCUACCGAGAAACCCGGGGAGCGGACCGGAGUAUAUAGCUCAGAAGGAUUUGACUGAGAUUGCUAGCGCCGUGCGUGUUGAUCUGGCUUCACGAGUAGCAGAAACAUCGCCGACCGGAGAUUGUGUACGAGCGGAUGCGAUGUCAAGUGUAAAUGCUGGCGAUAAUUCUAAGACGUAUACGCCUAGAGCUGUGUAUAACUCGCAAGCUACUCCUGCGGUGACCGAUUUAGUACACACAAGAAGUGUGAAAUCCGCGCAAUCUGACGAUGGUUUUCUUGGGAACCGUGAGAGCUUCUCGUCGUCACCUUCUCCACCCAUACCUCUCUCACCCACCCCCUCACCCUCACCCACUCAAUCACCAGCAGUUGUAUCUUCUGCUCCAUUCAGAGCGGAAUCCGUUUGCAGUGAUAUCACGAUGCUGGCAAAUACGCUUGUACUACAACCUGAUAUGAGUACUAGGCAGCGUACAAUUGCAGCCGACGGUUCAGGGGUUGCUGAAUUUGUGGACGCAGAAUCGGACAGGACAGCGACAAGCGAUCUCAGAAAAGUACAUCUUCAGCGUGCAAGCACCUGGCAGGCAUACAACCUCGCCAAGUCCCGUCUACGCCCUGUUACCCUGGCUGUGAAUGCCUGCGCGCAUCAGUUGUCUCGGUGUAGGAGUGCUUUGCUGUCACUGCCGGAGACUGUCGAUAUGUCACCGCAACUAGCGGGAUCUUCUGUUGAGCCAAUCGUCUCAGAUUCUGCGUAUUCUCAGUCACAGUCUGCUGCACCAAUCGAGCAGUCAUCGUCGCUUAUAAAUGAGCGAGGAAUGCCGGCAUGUGAUAGAGCACCACCGAAGCAAAACACUCCCCCACCAUCGAAGCUGAAUUCGGCUGACUAUGUCAGUAUGCUUGAACAGAUCGAAUAUUGGCAGGAAACACUGUUACAAAAUCUAGAAGACACUCGGGGUUUAAUCUCCCCGAUAUAAAUUCUCAGUCACGUUUAGUGCAUGAGCCUCGUUUAUGUCAUCAAUAAUCGGGGAUGUAUUGAUUUCCGGAUUUCAUAUGCGGAUGCGAAAGACUAAGCAUCUGCGCGCACACCUCGUCUGCUGGCUCAACGCGUUCACGUGAACACUGUACACUGGAACGACACUUCAACGACAGAUUCGCAUGCCAUCAAGUGAACGAAAUAUAUAUCUAGCUAUUUCAAUAGGCAAAUACACACAAGAGGGCAUAAGCGCAAUAAAUAGUCUUAAAAAUGUUUUGCAAAUUGUGCAUAAUAGUCUAACGUUUCGCGAAUAAAGGC